AAUCAAAGUUUUUCUCCAACGUUUUGAGUUUGCAUACCUUCGUCUCCCAUCCCAGUUAGAGUUUCCUCAACGUCAUGGCAUUCAACAGAGCAAAGCGUAUGUUUGAUUCCUUCUGUAGAAAUUCCCGUUCAAGGAUUUCAGGCUUUUCUCUGCGUUCCCCUCAUUCUCCUAAACUUUAUUUCCCUGUUUGCACCAAAGGAAAUCGGCACAAUACAAUUUAUGAGAGAUUUUACCGGUUUCGUGGCCGCGAUGAAGACGAUCAAUUCUAUACGGUACUAGGACCAUGGCGCUUCUUGUUGCCCGUUGGUGUGUUGGUUUUCGGUGUUGCUUUUCACGCUAAUUCAGAGUACGUGCCUUUCUGGGAACGAAUCCAUUUUUUGAAUCUUUCAAGAAAUAUGGAGUUAAAGAUUGGAAAGUCUGCAUUUAUGAUGGUGAAAAGAGAUAGUCAAGCAUUGCCUGCUACGGACCCAUCAAGCCUGAGAGUAAAAUCGAUCUCCCAAGACAUUAUCGAGGCAUUACAGAGAGGAUUUGGGCAUGAUGAGCAGGCCUGGAGUGAUUUUAGACAUGAUGCAUCAACUGAGAAUAAGUUUGGAGAAGAAACAGAGGGGCAAACAUGUGACAGUAAUGAGAUCCUUGAUGACAAGAAGAUUGAGCAGAGUAUAAAGAAUCAACAGAAAAAGUCUGAAUCAAUUCCUAAUUUUGAGGGAAUUCAGUGGGAAGUUUUGGUGGUGGAUGAUCCUUCUGUUAAUGCUGCUUGUUUGCCUGGUGGGAAAAUCAUUUUAUUUUCAGGGGCACUUAAGCAAUAUGCAAGUGAUGCCGAGCUGGCAACCAUAAUUGCUCGUGAGGUGUUAUAACUUUUUAUACCUUUCCUAAUAUUUGAAUCGUUAAGCUCUCUUUUAAAGUUCAACUUUUGUUCAUUUUACCAGAUAUAUUUGAUGAUAAAUUUGCAAUUUUGUUGUCCUGAUACUUAGGUUGGGCAUGUUGUGGGUCGACAUACGAAGGUGCUUUGGGUUGUCACGCUACAACUCGGAGUUUAUGAAGUCAUUAAAAAGUGCAUCGCAGUUGAGUUUGAUAGUGUCAAGAAGACACUUGAUUUUUUUUGGAGGAAUCUUCUCUCUUGGAAGUAUGUUGUGCCUCUUGAAUUCCUCUUUCGGGUUUUUGUAUGAUCAAUUUUCAAUGGUUGCUUGCUGGAUUUGAAUUUUCUGAUAUUUUGUGAGAAAUGAAUGAGGUUUUUAUUU